UAAUUUGUUUUUACUUUCCCUUUAAAAACUGACAAAUGGAUGAGAAUGACAGAGGUAAAGAAAUGGUUAAUUAAUGGCAAUCAUCCGGCCGAGACUCGGCGCAUGGGCUCCUUGCAUUGAUGGAGAAAUGUUCCGAUCCCCCAAAGUUCAAAUCAAAGCUAUAUGAAGGCUGAAAGAGGGAAAACGAUUUCUCCUGCCCUCGCUGCUUCAGACCUGCGGCUGACUACAGUGGCGAUCCAGCAGUGACUGACGAAACAGUCUCACUUGGAGAGAGCAGCUUGUCAAUGGGAGGUAACCUACACCAUGUUCCCCUUGUGCACUUAUCAAUUCAGUGUCCGUCCGUGCUGCGCCGCGCGUUUUUUCGGGUACGUAAAUGCUGGGCUCACUGAGGUACUGUGAAGCGCACAGAUGGAUGCAUCAUGCGUGCGCGUAAUGGAACGGAGAAAUUUGUGAUUUGAAGCACUUUAAAAGACACAGCAGUCGAGAGAAGAGAAGAGGAAGAUGCCUGGACGAUAAACACUUUGUGGAUAACAAUCCUUAAGCAGUUUCUUACACACCGUGUGUGUCGCAUCAAUGGAUAGGCGAGGUUUGAAUUGCCGAAAUGCUGCUUACAUAGAUGGUGCGAGGGCGCAGAAGUGAUGACUGCCUAUGGUGAACUAUAACUCCCGUCCACACAGGGUGAGAUAAGGCGCACAAAACAUGUACAGUAAGCACCGAGCUUUUGCUGUACAACCAAGGGUCUUCGCAUUUGAAUCCACUGGCCGAAUUUCUGUCGGGUUUUUCAAGGCUGCUUGAGGAUAUCUGUGCCGGAUGUUUUGUAUUUAUUUUUAUUUCUUUCGACGUUGCAUCUCCGAUUAAUGAUGCUUUUUUUCCCUCUCAAAAAUGGAGAACGGUGCAACCUGAAGAAAAAGAUAUGCACACAUCUCGGCAACUUUAUACAUUCUCCGAUGUGUAGGAUACCUAUCAAAUGACUAAAUGUCUUUCAUUUAUAUACACAGGAAGGAAAAUUGAAAUACGCAUCUUGAAUCCGCACUGGGUUGUGAGGUGAAAUCUAAUCAGAUUCAGCAGGGUUGAUGACUAAGAAGUAAUAGGGGCUUGAAGAAAAGUUGCAUUUGUAACUGUCAGUGAGCGAGACGUUAAAAUAACCCAUGAUGGUCUGCCAAACAGUCUAAUGACGGGCUUUUUACGAUCUACCUGGAAACUGACCGCACGAGGUUCUCCUUGCAUGUUGUGGAGAGGUUACUUUUUUAAAUAUUUGCUUUAGAUUUAAGGGAAAAAACAACUAUAAACAGCCUUACUUCACAAUCACCUAACUCAUCGUUUGCAGAACAUCUGGGGCCACAGUGAGAUACGCUUUGCAUCGAAGAGAGUAGUUUCAACAAUGGCACUUGUUAAAGCUAUGCGCCCUGAAGAAGAAGGGGAAACAUCGGAUGCAUUAACAUCACUGUGAGAGUUAACAGCAUGUCAUCCAGACUGAUAUAUGGAUUACAUACCACGUCGUUCUGAGUGGGAACGUGAUGCCUCUGACAAGUAUGACCACGGAUUUUGCUAAAUCGCCUGAGAAUUGCGGAUAUUUUUUUCGAUGCAGUUUUUGGGGAGAGAGCGGAAGAAGGACUGUUCUCCGUCUGAAACAGAGAUCCUAGAGACCUCGGCGUCCUUGUGAACAAGACCAGAGUAACAUGAAAUGGACAAGAGGAUGACUUGGAUCCCUUGGAACUGUGAUUGAAUUGGCAGUGGGCCCAAAUCUUCAUUCCAAAGAGUGGAAGACCAGUCAAUGAAUUAUGAAUGUUAAACAAGAUGACCUCCUCUCAGCAGCAGCAGAUGAUGCGAGGUCCUAGGUGGAACCGGGCCUUGUCCGACCCUUUGUUUGUGCUGCUUCUGGCCCUCCAGCUGCUGGUGGUGGCAGGGCUGGUACGUGCUCAGACGUGCCCCUCUGUCUGCUCCUGUAGUAACCAGUUUAGCAAAGUCAUCUGCACCCGUCGAGGCUUGCGGGAAGUCCCUGAUGGCAUCUCUACCAACACGCGCUACCUGAAUCUGCAAGAAAAUCUCAUUCAGGUCAUAAAAGUGGACAGCUUCAAGCACCUAAGACAUCUGGAAAUCCUGCAGCUAAGCAAAAACCACAUACGCAAAAUCGAGUUGGGUGCCUUCAAUGGACUGGCCAGCCUCAAUACCUUGGAGCUUUUUGAUAACCGCCUCACCACUAUACCAAACGGGGCAUUUGACUACCUGUCCAAACUAAAGGAGCUUUGGCUGAGGAAUAAUCCCAUAGAGAGUAUUCCCUCCUAUGCUUUCAACAGAGUGCCCUCAUUACGGCGGUUGGACCUUGGGGAGCUCAAACGGCUCUCCUACAUAUCUGAGGGGGCCUUUGAAGGGCUGAGCAACCUGCGAUACUUAAAUCUGGGAAUGUGCAAUCUGAAGGAAAUUCCCAACCUUAUUCCUCUGGUGAAGCUGGAUGAACUGGAGAUGUCGGGCAACCACCUAUCUGUAAUCCGGCCUGGUUCUUUUAAAGGGCUCAUCCAUUUGCAAAAGCUAUGGAUGAUGCAUGCCCAGAUCCAGACCAUAGAAAGGAACUCUUUUGAUGACCUGCAGUCACUAGUGGAGCUUAAUUUAGCCCACAACAACCUUACCCUCUUGCCCCAUGAUCUCUUCACUCCUUUACAUCACCUGGAGAGGGUGCACUUACACCACAACCCAUGGAAUUGUAACUGUGACAUCCUUUGGCUAAGCUGGUGGCUUAAGGAGAUGGUACCAGCAAACACCAGCUGCUGUGCCCGCUGUAGUUCACCUCUCCACCAUAAAGGACGAUACAUUGGCGAGCUGGAUCAGAACUACUUUCACUGUUAUGCUCCUGUUAUUGUGGAGCCUCCUGCAGACUUAAAUGUGACAGAGGGAAGUGCUGCAGAGUUGAAAUGCAGAGCCAACUCAUUGACCUCGGUAAGCUGGAUUACACCCAAUGGAUCCAUCAUGACACACGGUGCAUACAAGGUCCGAAUCUCUGUGCUGAAUGAUGGCACUCUGAACUUCACCAAUGUUACAAUGCAGGACACAGGCACAUAUACAUGUAUGGUCAGUAAUUCUGCAGGUAACACAACAGCAUCUGCCACGCUCAAUGUGUCCUCUACAGAGAACAGCAGCUUCAGCUACUUCACCACAGUGACAGUGGAGACCAUAGAAACACCACAUAGUGAAAGCUUCACCACUAUUGGGCCGCUAUUGGGCCCCACCCCCUCUGCUAAUACAUGGGAGUCUGUUUCCCCCACCUCUACAACUACCACCACAGUCCGAACACCAAUCUCCACCCGCGCCACAGAGAAGACUUACACAAUCCCUGUCACGGAGCUGGGUGGUGAGAGCUCACUGAACGGCUUGGAUGAGGUGAUGAAGACGACCAAGAUCAUCAUUGGCUGCUUUGUUGCAAUCACACUCAUGGCAGCUGUCAUGCUGAUCAUUUUCUACAAGAUGCGCAAACAACACCACCAGCAGAACCACCAUGCACCCACACGCACCAUUGAGAUCAUCAAUGUGGACGAGGACUGUGUGACAGGAGGCCCGGGCAUGGAGGGCCACCUGACUCUGCCUCCUCUUGAGCAUGAGCACCUCAACCACUAUAACACCUAUAAGACUGCAUACAACCAUGCCUCUACUAUGAACUCCAUACACAGCUCAGUGCACGAACCUUUGUUAAUCCGGGCCAGCUCAAAAGACAAUGUACAAGAGACCCAAAUCUAAGACUUUUUUUUGCAAAAUAACACAUUACAAAACUGAUGGAAUUACAUAAAGACAUGACUGAGUGGACAUUACUGACAACUGGUUGUGAGAAUUGUGACUAAACAUGGAGGAACAGACUCCUGUCUGGCAAAUCAGUGUCAGGUGAUGUUUAUUCAUUGACUUUGGGAAUUAGGGUAUGUCUACUGUUUCAAAAAGUGUCUUUACAAAACAGAAGUUAUUUAUUUAAAAAAAAAACUAUUGUGGUUAAAUCAAGAAAAAACUGUAUUCUGCAAUUAUUUUUCCAGCCAUUGAUUCAUGUGUAUUUGUUCUUUCUUCUUUUUUUCUUAUUCACAUUUCAUGAGAUUGUUUUACUAAUAUGCUUUCAAAUUCACUAUGAAGACAUUUGUAGUGGAAGCAAAUUACCGUUUUGUUUGUUUAUUUGUUUGUUUGUAGACUUAUUAAGAUGGUAGUAACCUCAAUUAACCUCAUUUUGCCCAUAUGUCAAGGAAUGUAGAGCACAUUAGUGUUUUUCUCCAGCUGUGGAUUAAGUGAAAAAGUCUUUUGUAACCAUCUGUAACUGAGAUGAAUUAAACACUUGUUCAUUAUUUUACAGUGGCUGACAGAACUGUCAGAGAUAAAAAGUUGAUCAUAAUUUACUGUUUUAUUAUCUGUCACAUACAUUACAUACACAUUUGGCACUCUCUGCUCUGUUAUCAGUAGACUGGGGAUCCUAAAUGAGGGAAAUACUGUAUGUCCUGCAUUCUGCUAUUGUCAAGUCAAGACUCACUAUAAGUUGUUUUAGUUAAAUUGAAUUUUCUUGAUUAAUUAUGAAAGAAACUUACAUUUGCUUUUGUCUUG